AUGAUCUUUCAAUUCUCCCUCUUUGCGGCACUGGCAUCCGUAGCCCUAGCUACACCGACGCCUACAAGGACUUCUAAGCCAUCAAUCCCAUUGGAGGGACGAGAUUACUGUAAAGGUCAUGACUACCAGCUAGCAACUUGGUACGACCGCGGCACAGACCCGAACCAAAUCACAGCUUGCGGCCACAAAUAUGACCCUUCGGCUGCUGUUGUGGCCAUUUCCACAGACGUGCCAAACUACAAGUCAUUCUGCGGCCGCAAGAUUCUCAUCUACUCUAAAGAGCAGACUGCCGCGGUGAUUGCUAUCAUUGACGAUGCCAAUGCCACUGGCACUCUGGGAAAGUUUGCUCUCGACCUUUCUCCGGCUGUCUUUGACAUCCUCUCACCAACCGACCACACUAUUGAUCGAAAUGGAAUGGUCGCUAUUGACUGGGUAUUGCUGGGUGGUUCUCCGUGCCCGCGAUGA